AUGGGUGAGAUAGUGCCAAAUCAAUUGUUUGUUGCUGGAUACAGUCGUAACAAAAUACCAGAUGAAAAGGGAAUCAAAGAUAUUUUCAAGAAAUAUGGAAGCAUCAAGGAUGUUGCCUAUAAAGGCUCCUACUCAUUUGUUACUUUCUCCGCAGAAUCAGAAGCCCAGAAUGCCAUUUCAGCUUUGAAUGGCCAAUAAAUCAAUGGAUAAAAGCUUAAAGUUGAUAUUGUGGACAAUCACAAAGGUAGACGCAGUGGUCCUUAAGAAAAAGACGAGUGCUUCAAGUGUGGAUAGGGUGGUCAUUGGGCUAGAGAAUGUCCCAAUCGAACAUCGCCAAAUAGAAGAAGAAAGUAUUCGAAUUCAAGAUCAAGACAUCAAAGAUCAAGAAGAUCUAAUUCGAGAUCUCGCUCAUACUCUUCUUAUUCAUCUUCUCAUUCCAGAAGGAGAAGAGACGCAAAGAAGAGAAGCAGGUACAGCAGAAGAAGUAGAAGUCCAAAAAGAGACAACAAGAGAAAGAAAAGUACCAGCUGCAGAAGAUCACAAAGCAAUUCAAGGUCCAGAUCUUCAGUCAGCAAUAAAUAACGCUAGUCAAAUAAGUCAUCUUCAUCUAAAUGA